CGCGCUUUUUACAGAUAUUGUUGUGCGUGUGUGUGGAAAAGAUCAACGAAAAGUGGGAAAAACAACGCUGUACAAUUUACAUAAAUAAACAAGUGAGAAAAUUUCAACGUAACGUGUUAAGAUGCCUGCCGGCAUUGUGAUUAAAACGCCAAAUUCUGGACGUGCUAAGAAUCCAAAUGGCAGCAAUAACAACAACAACAACAAAGAUAAAGAUCACAGCGGCAGCAGCGGCAAAAAAUUUGUCCAAACUCGCCUGCCCUUUAAACUUAUCACCCCCGUGGCGGCAGCAGCAUCAAGUGGAGCAACUGCAGCAACAUCAUCGUCAACAACUGCCGCAAGCAGCGUUGAUCUAAUCGAGGAUGCUGUUGUUGUGGAGCGAGAGCCGCGCAAGCGCAAAUUGUCCUACGGCGUGGCCAAAGAUGCGUCCACAGCUGCGGCCGGGGAGGAGGAUGAGGAUGAGGCGGAGGCCUUGUCCAACAGCAAAGAGAAUCAGCUGACGACGACGACGACGAUCAGUAAAAAAGCCAAGACUCAGGACAGUGCUGAGGAUGGCGAUUGCAUUGAGCUGAUCGACGAUGAUGACGACGCUGACGAAGAGGAAGAGGUGCCGGAGGUAAAGGUGAAGGCAAAGGCGAAGGCGGAAGUGAAGCAGCAGCCCAAAGUCAAGGCAAAGGCCAAGCAGGAGACGGCGCCAACGACGCCGCCGGUGCAAAUUAAGUUGCCAUUGCACAACAAACGCGCCAAGCGACGCAAGUCGCUGAAGAAGACGGAGACGGCAACGGCGACGCAGGAGGAGACGCAGGCGCAAGUGGCGCCACCUGUGCUGGAAGUGGAACGCAGCGAUAGCAGUGACGAUAUCGAAGCCAUAGCCGAGCAACUGAAUCCGCAAAAGCGCGCCAAAGUGUUGGUCGAGUCCAAAAUGGAUGUGGACACGGAUGAAACGCUGGCCGAGAGUGACAGCGAGCCCAAGGCAGCCAAGGAAGCAGAUAAGGAACCUAAAGAACCGGCUGAAGUUGUCGUCGUUACUGAGCUGUCCAGCACAGAUGUGGAACCAGAGCCCGAGCCGGACACCGAGCCGAAGACGAGCGAUGAUAAAAACGUUGCUGUGCCCGCCGAGAAGUCAUCGACGUCGACGUCGUCGCAACCAUUGACGGCCAAGCAGCUGAAGCUGCAGGAGCAGCGACGCAAGGCGCGCGAGGAGAAGGAACGCAAGCUGCAGGAGGAGCGCAACCAGAAGCAGCAGGAGAAGGAGCAACGCGAACAGCAGCGCAAAGCGGAACGCGAACAAAAGGAGGAGCAGCGACGCAAGGAACGCGAAGACAAGGAGCAGGUGCGUCGGCAGGAGCGCGAGGAGAAGGAACGCAAACGUCAGGCGGAGGUGGAUAAGAAGGAUGAGGAGAAGCGCAAACGCAACGAGGCCAAGGAGGAGGUGCAGCGCAAAAAGGACGAAGAACGACGUCGCAAGGAGCUAGAGAAGGAGGAAGCCGAACUGAAGAAGAAACGCGCCGCCGCCUCGUUCACCAAGUUCUUUGUGCCCAAGCAGCCGCCACGUCAAUCCACCGGCAGCAUUGGUGGCGGCCAUCCAAUGGAUCACGAUCAGAAUAGCUGCGACAGCAAUGGACACGCCAAUGGCCAGAGUCAGACGCUCGCCUUUCGUCCGUUUCAGAUCAAGGAUGACAUGAUUCUGGCGCCCGUCAUACGCGCCUCGAUCGCCAAGGAUUCGCGUCGUCAGCUGGAUCGUCUCUUUCGCGAUGAAGAUGAGUACGACGAGGACGAGGAUGAGGACAUGGAGGAUCUGGAUGAGAGCAUUGGUCGUGUGAAGCGUCCCACGCGUGCCCAACUCUACGUUGCUGAACUGACCCAGGGCAGGCACAAACCGCUGUGCAGCAAACGCGAUGUGCGACUGCAGCGACGCUCCAAGGACGACGAGGACGAGGACGAUGUCCAGAUAGUUGAUGAACUGGCAAAUGCGGGCACACCGAUUGUGCAGGAACGGGCCAAGCAGGUGCCCUGGGUGCGUGCUAAGUACUUGCACUUUGCGGACAACCGUCGUCCGCCCUUCUACGGCACUUGGCGCAAGCGGAGUCAAGUGAUCAAUGCGCGUCGUCCUCUGGGACAGGAUAAGGCAUACUUUGACUAUGAAGUGGACUCCGAUUGUGAGUGGGAGGAGGAGGAGCCGGGUGAAUCGCUCAGUGCGAGCGAAGAUGAAAAGGAACGCGAAUCGGAAGAAGAAUCCGAGGAGGAAUACAACGAAUGGUUUGUGCCCCAUGGCCAUCUCAGCGACGAGGAGCUGCAAAACGACGACGAACUCGAGGAUGGCAACACACGCGAAGCCCAAAAGGCGAAGCUCCAGGUGCUGCAGCAGGAGUUCGCACAGGAGAUGAAGAAACAGACUAAAAAGAUCAAACCCCGAUUGCUGGGACCCGUUUGGCUCGACGAGAAUGGCAACAAAUCGGAACUCUUCCCAGCGGUCUUUGCACAGACAAUCGAUAUGUACGGCUGCUGGCAGCUGGAGCCGUUGACACUGGAACCUCCGCCCGAGGUGGCGGGCGAAGAGGAGCCACUCGAAGCAGCGAAGGUACCGAAGCAAGUGCUUCAGAUGGACGAUCGAUUGCUGCAGCAGUUGGUGCGUCUCAUACAUGGCAAUAGCAAUAGCAAGGUCUUCCUCAUCGCCGAGUAUCUGGAGUAUUUGAAGACGCAGAUCACACAAGAGUCGAUGACGUUGCCGCCAAAGACGUUGUUGCGCGAGAAAUUCGACGAGUUGGCUGCCUGGAAAUCCGUGGUGGUGGAUCCCAACGGGGAGUCGGCAAAGAAAUCAAAGAAACCGCGCAAACGUUUGAGCUGGGUGGUCAGCGAAGAGAUAUUGCAAAAAUACGAACUGUCUGAUCUCCCGAUAAUGAAUCAAUGGAGCUACAAGCUGACACCGAAGGUGGGUAAGGCGGACACAUCGUUGCAGGAGCCAGCGGCAGCAGCAGCUGGUGAUGAGCAGCAAACGGAUCUCAGCAAGCAGCAAACGAAACGUGGCGAAUCGUUGCCAAGCACACCGACAAUCGCAAAGCCAACAGCAACCACAUCGCCAUCGACAGCAACAACUGCAACAGCAACAGGUGCAACUCCAACGACAGCAGCCUCGGGGAGCAACAAGAAACGCGCCACGCUGCUGAUGUCUGUGGGUCGUGAUCAGCAGUUUCAUACGCCCACAAAGAAUGCGCUCAUCAGUCAAUAUCUGCGCAAGCAAAACGGCUCAGAAUCCAAGACAGCGAAGCCAUCAAAGCCAGCGCCGUCCGUCGAGACGAACGAUGAUGUUGUGCUGCUUUCCGAUUGAGGCAGCUUAUCUUACUUUUAUUCAUAUUUGUCGCACUCUUUAAUUACGUAGUCUGUAAGUUCGCGUAGCCGUAGUGUUCACUGUACUAGCCGUGUACGUUCCACAUCAAUUUUGUAAUUCGUCAGCGAUGAGCGACAAUCCCCGAAAAUAACGUAUAUGGAUUGUCCGAUAUUGUGUUCGUCAGCUCUUGGCACUAAUCUACGAGUAGUAUAUGCAUUUUUUUUUCAAACUCGAUAAUUCUGUAUGUAUUUCCAUAACAACAAAUAAAUUUUGUUUAUUAUUUAUAAUCAUA